AUGAGCGCCUUUUUGACAAAUGUGUCAUACGAUGACGUUGUCUAUGAAGGAGGUGACGGUGUAGAUUUGAAUGAACUAAAUAUAGUGGAAAAAUGGCUUAACAGGCCGGCAAGUCAGUGGUCGAUUCAACGGCUGGGUUUAUUUCAGUCGAAAAUUGAACAAUAUGUUUACAGAAUUUAUCACCAGGGUCGAUACGGGAAACAUUCGCUGAACAAAGUGAUACCGUCGCACGUUUUGAUGCAAUUCGCCAACGAGAGUUUCGGAUAUAGUGGGUGGUCUGCCGAGGUUCUCGACAUCAAGGUGAUGAAUGUCCACGAGGAACCUGGAGGAGAGGAGGCUGAACAAGGUUUUACGACAACGUCACAAGCACGUAUAAAACUGACGCUGAAAGAUGGAACGAACACAGAGGCAGUGGGAUUUGCUAGGGUGAAGAGCAAGAGCAAAGGAGAUACGUUUGCAAGAAGCAAAAAGGGAGCCACAACAGAUGCUUUGAAGAAAUGUUUUUUGAAAUUUGAAGAGAUUGUUAUAGACCACCAAGAAAAAGUGUCUUCUAAGUAUUAUGUAGAUGGUCUUUACGGCUCGAAAACCGAGAAGAAAGGUAAAUGA